AAUUGCCAUGACAACAAGUAUUUGCUUCUUGAUCUUUCCUGUUCAUCUGCUAUCAAGAAGCAAUAUGUAGGGUUCUUGGUUUUCAUUUGUGCCCGAAAGGCUUUUUGCGAAUAAAUAGCAAUGGGAUCGACUGAAGCAGUGGAUGUGGCAAAGUUUGAGCUGAAUGAAAACAAUACUGAUCUAACACCACUGCCAAAUGAAAAUGACUAUUACAAACCAACGAAGAAAACCGGAAGGAGACACUUUCCAGGAAUGACACUGCAAUCAUACGAAGAGUGGACAUUUUAUCCGGAGGGGUACAAUUAUGGAAAGCGUUGUACUAUCGAAGGUCAGCACAUUGGGAACAGCCAGACUACGAGAGAAGUUACGCUCACUGACGUGAUUGGCAGGACUCGCAAAGGAAUGAACCAAAGAGCAGGUUUGCCAAUGAUGACGGAUGGUGACAAAAGCUAUGCUGUCCCCGAGUAUUCCUACAAUUUUCACAAAGUAGGAUCAACUCUGCCAGCCAUCAAUUUCAGUCGCUCGUCUAAGCUGGUGUCAGACACCUUCAUUCCUCUACAACCGCUUCAAGCAAAGCCAAGACGUCCUUACAUGGACAAACACAAAGCGCGAAUAAUCGAAGAGGAAAAGAUGGAAGUAGCAAAACUCUCCAAAUGGAAGCCUGCACCAAGUCUUACACCUUCGUUAUAAGGUUGAUCAAAAUUAGAAUGCUAACAAAUGGAAUGUUCAAGUGUUUCAUGCCUGUGAAUUUCGAGUCACGUUUGCAAGUUAAAUUGCUGAGUCUUUCACGUUGGGGAUAAGAGACGAAGGGGGGUCCCAGUGUUGUACUGGAGUCAGCCACAGUGCAAAAGACAAUGCCUUUGUAGCCAUAUGUCUCAUAAUCAUUGGCAAUUUUGCCAAGCUGCUAAGCCUCCUGUUUGAAAAUCACUUGCUGUUUUAGUAUUUUGAGUUCACUACAGAAACGAUGUCUUUAUCAAUAAGGAUGGCUUACAAAUCAAAUGCCAUUUCGUUUUCUCUGACUCAAUAUGUAUCAUAUUUUGUUAUGCAAGGUAUUAUAGUCUGUUAAUAGUUCCGUAGAAAUCGAUGUAAAUAACUUUAUUUUUAAGAUAAUUGUGCAGAACCUGUUUAAAAUUCGUAUACUUUUACGUCAGCAGUAGUUGUGGAGACUGGCUGUUGCAAAUCAUACUCAGAUUAUGUAGCCCGUUGUUUUAUAUAUCUACUAGCCUUCGCUGUCUUUACUUCAUUUCGUGACAUUUUUUCUUUAUUCUAAAUUUUUACAUACAAAAUUAGCCGUAAGUCUAAUUAAAAAUGUUUUGAAAGGUAUCUUUUUCAAAAUUUUCAAUAUUAACAUUUUUCCAGUUGCUAGUUAUCUACAUUUUGUAUGGACUUCUGAAGUAUGUCCCCGAGUGAAAACUGUUAACAUUCAAUGUAAGCUUGUCGGAUUGGAUAAAUAUUACAAUCUAGUUAUCCUACAGAAAUUUUAAAUUCUUCAGUCAGAAUUCCUGUCUGUGACGCCUUAAUCCAGUUUUUGAAUAUA